CACAUUAUACGCGCUGAAGUGUUUCUCGGCGAUGGGUUGCAACGACUGUAAUUGAGUGAGCGAGUAGACCCGAGGACUGUCAACACGCCAGGUGGACAGAGUAGCCGAGUGCAGACCUGUGCUGCUACUCCACGAGUGCCAUGGGAGAGACGGUGAAAUGACGCGGUCACCGAUUCCCUUUCAAAUGGGCGCGGAAGCAAGUUCGGCGAAUUUAUUGCUUCACACGGUGCCGGCCGAGAAGAGUGUGUCAUUGACAAUGAAGACUUGCAAACUGAUCUUCCAGCCUGAUAUGAAGUGUUUUGGUUCGGAGUGACGAAGUACGGGAGUGUCGUCGUUCUACCGACCGAAGCGGUGUCCAGAGGCAAGUGAAGAGCGUCGCUGUGUCCAACACAUACUCACACCGAACCCCCCGCCCCUCGACCGCGGCUGCUGGCGUCUGAGUCGUUUCCUGGUGGAUCUGUUCUGACACUUAGGGAUUGGAGAAAUUCCAACCUCCGCGACGAGUUCCCAGGAGAAUACUGUGUACUGUCCAUCACACCCCCCCCCCCACCCCACCCCAAAGUGUUUGGUGAGCCCCUUCUCUCCUCGGGCUCAUUCACAGGAAGCCAGAGAAUCUUUGAAAGACGCCGGGAGCGGCAACAAAGUAAAAGUACAGUACGGUUCAGAGACGAAGCAACCGACUAGCCGUGCGGUGGAGUGCGAUGUCGGGCAUUGGAGAUGUGAUGGGGAACGGAUGAACGAGGGGACCCAGCAAUGAGCCUGUCACUGCUCGCAAUCGCUUGCCCAACUGGUCAAUGGACAGAAUUCACUUGCAAAGAACUGAAUCGUGAACUGCCAAUGUCUUAAUCGGUGCGAGGAGUUCUGGCUCGGGUUCUGUACGUUUUGCACUGUCACUUGGCCCCUGUUCGGAAGCAGGAUGCGGCGCUGGGUGCUGGCGCUGGCUGUGCUCUGGGCAGCCUCCGUGACAGGCACCCUGAGCGAGGGGACCGGGAAUUCUGCGCCGAACCUGCAAGCUGCCGGGUCUUCUGGUCGGCGGGGAGGCUCUGGAGUUGCUCCCACACUCGGGCUUUGGAAUUGCUGCCCGGUUGACCGGUCAGGGUCUGUACGCCGGCGAGACUCCGCCCGCUCACCUCUCAAGUAUCAGUGGGACCUAUCAAAGGCCCUCCGCUGGGACUCAAGCGAGACGUUACCCGGGGCGAUAGUGCAAGGAUCUCGGGGGGAACGCGGGCCGGGUGUAAAGUUUGAUCCCAAGGGAAAUACCCUGUCGGAAAGCGGUGCAGUCGGAAUUAGCCAUGCCCGCGAAAUGGAUAGGCUAUUCCCAAUGAGCACGAGUGGAAGGUCUAAACGAGGCACGGGUGGGAUUAAAAACAAUGGCCAAACAAGAGGCAAGAGUCAGCAAGAGAGCGGCUUGCAGCCUGGCAACAACUCGGGCUGGAAUGGGGUGCAGGAACGGGAAGCAGCGAUGCUCUCUCUCAACUGGUCGGCGGAUAGCUCAAACAUCCAUAGCGGAGCAAGUUUCAUCAACACCUCCUUAACCCUUACCUCGGAGGAAACUCCGGGCGUGUUGUCCCUCCAUGGACGAGGCAAGAGGCGGCAGCUGAAGAACCCCUUCUACCCUGUGACCGAGGAUUCCUAUGGAGCCUACGCUGUCAUGUGUCUCUCCAUUGUUAUCUUCGUGAUUGGCAUUAUGGCGAAUUUGUCCAUCAUGUGCAUAGUCUGCCACAAUUAUUACAUGAGGAGUAUUUCCAACUCCCUGUUGGCUAAUCUGGCUUUCUGGGACUUCCUCAUCAUCUUUUUCUGCCUGCCUCUGGUUAUAUUUCAUGAACUGACUAAAAAGUGGCUGCUUGGAGAUUUCUCAUGCAAGGUGAUCCCUUAUCUUGAGGUUGCUUCCCUGGGAGUCACCACCUUCACUCUGUGCGCGCUGUGCAUUGACAGGUUCCGAGCGGCCACCAACGUGCAGAUGUACUACGAGAUGAUUGAGAACUGCUCGUCGACGGCAGCCAAGCUCGCUGUGAUCUGGGUGGGCGCCAUGCUGCUGGCGCUUCCCGAGGUUGCCCUUCGGCAGCUGUUAACCGAGGAGAUCACCUCCUCCUCCUCGAUCGUGGAUCGCUGCGUUGUGAGGAUAUCUCCCAAGCUGCCGGACUCCAUUUACGUGCUGGCACUUACAUAUGACAGUGCCAGAAUGUGGUGGUACUUUGGCUGCUACUUCUGCCUGCCCACACUUUUCACCAUCGGGAGCUCCAUUGUGACUGCAAGAAAAAUCAAGAAGGCAGAGAAGUCCUGCGCCAGAGGAAAUAAGCGUCAAAUUCAACUUGAGGGCCAGAUGAACUGCACUGUGGUGGCGCUGACUAUCCUCUAUGGCUUCUGUAUCAUCCCUGAAAACAUCUGCAACAUUGUGACUGCUUACAUGGCCACUGGGGUCUCCCAACAGACGGUGGACCUUCUUCAGCUCAUCAGCCAGUUCCUCUUAUUCUUUAAGUCUUGCGUGACCCCAGUGAUCCUGUUCUGCCUCUGUAAGCCCUUCAGCCGUGCCUUCCUGGACUGCUGCUGCUGCUGCUGCGAGGAGUGUGGCCCCAAAUCGUCCACUGUGGCCAGUGACGACAACGACAACGAAUUUACCACCGAGCUCGAGCUUUCCCCAUUCAGCACUAUACGGCGGGAGAUGUCCACCUACACUUCUGUGGCCACACACUGUUGAAGCUUGGUGCCUUGACCUUUAACUUCUGGGACAAGUGCCCUCUUUUGCCAUGUUUCGUCAUCGUCUGGGAACAAACUUGACAGCACAUCCCUUCCAGUGUGACCCAGCUUGACCAGAAGGCUUUGCAAUUGUAUAUUCUGCCAUAUCAUGUCAGAUGUGCUAAUGAGGUGGCGUUGGCAGUUCCCAGAGAUGCAAUGGAAUGGUUGCAAGGCUUGGCAACUUGGCUGCAGGGGAGGAGAAGGAAGCUUGUGGCAGGAUUAGAAUUUAUGGUUUAUUUUCCAUCCAUUCAGCAUACUUCAGAACAUGUUGCACUGCCAUGCUGAGUCAAGAUCACGUGAUCUCUAAUCCAUGCAUUCAACAAAAGCUUAAAGGUGAAGUCUGUGAAGUGUGACGUGCAUAGGGAAUUAUGUGAACUAGCUAACAUGCUGUAUUUUGUUAUAUAGUAACUGCAGUCAGCUGUCAUCCUUUGACCAUCUGGUUUGUAAGAUUUAAUGUUGGAAGCUGUGUACAUGAGCAGUUCAGAGUUCUGACUCUCCCGAUGUUGACAAUAUAUGGUUCCUAUUUUGUGAAGUUGGUUUUGUAAAAUCAAGUUGUAAAUCAAAAACAUAAUUUUACGUUAAUAAUCCUCCAUAUGGGCUCUGUAACCUUUUUUUUUAAGAUGUUUC